CUGCGGACCCGCGCCGAGGAGAGGCAGCAGGCGGCGGCGACGGGCUCACACCUCCGAGCCACACAACUCAGCAGCUCGGACUAGUUGUUGUCUUUUCUCUUCUUCCUCUUCUUCUUCUUCUUCUUCUUCUUCUCCUUCUCCUUCUUCUUCUUUUCUUUUGAAGCGGGUUUGCCCUCUUUAUUUUAGGGGGGCGGUGGGUGGGCGGGUGCGCAUUUAGGUUCCGGCGGAGUGACGCUCCUUGAACACAAGCAGGAGCGGGGAGGUUUCGGUUCGGUUGGCAUUCCGACGCACGGCAGUCGUCCCCCCCCAUCCUCCCCCCAUCCCAUCCUCCCCCCGCCCCCCCCGUGGUCUCCGCCUGCUCGGCCGGCCAGCAGCUCCUCUGUGGCGACGAUGCAUCCGGAGCAGUACCUGCCCGAGCUGGUGGCGGAGAGAGGCAGCCUGGACCCCUCCUUUGCGCACGCCGCGCGCCUGCUGGCAGAAGGUGGAGAAAUGCUGUGAGCACAGAAAGUAGAGAGUAAAGUCAAGGGGAGUCGUCACCUUUUGUUUUCGAAGCCGCCGCCCUCCAAGAGAUUGAAAAGUACGACGGGGAUGAAGUGAGAAAAGAUGGUGACAUAAAGAAAUACCUAGAUAUCAUCAGCAAUAAAAAUAUCAAGCUCUCCGAAAGAGUUCUCAUUCCAGUCCAACAGUACCCAAAGUUUAAUUUUGUUGGGAAGCUGCUGGGACCACGGGGAAAUUCCAUGAAACGAUUGCAGGAGGAGACGGGAGUGAAGAUGUCCAUCCUUGGCAAAGGGUCCAUGAGGGAUAAAGGCAAGGAGGAAGAAUUAAGGAAAAGCGGGGAGGCCAAAUACGCCCAUCUGAGUAAUGAUCUUCACGUUUUAAUUGAAGUCUUUGCUCCACCUGGAGAGGCCUAUUCCCGCAUGAGUCACGCCUUGGAGGAGAUUAAGAAAUUCCUAGUUCCAGACUACAAUGACGAGAUCAGACAGGAGCAACUGAGAGAGCUCUCCCUGUUGAAUGGCUCCGAGGAGUCGAGCCGAGGGAGGAGUGCACCAGGGAGGACCGCACGGCCGGCGAGCACAAUAUCCACAAGGGGCCACAGAGGCACAGGGAGGAGUGCAGCAGCACCUCGGGGGACGGCGGCGGCGGCGGCAGCAGCAGCGCCACACAGCAAACUCCCCACCACCGCUUUGACGAGGGAGGCACAAGCUCCGCGAGCCAGGGGGGCAGCGGGGAGUGCUGGGUACAGGGUCCCGCUGUUAGCAGUCACACAUGAAUCAUAUGACGACUACGGCUACGAUGAUGGAUACGGUGGAGAAUAUGACGACGACAGUUACGAAGCCUAUGAGGAUAACUACAGCAAUCAGUCGAAGAGCAUUUCAGAAUAUUACGAAUAUGGACAUGGAACCGGUGACGAAUCCUACAACAACUACGAGGAGGAGUGGCCGACCACCCGUCCCUGUCUCAAAGCCCCCAUCUUACGGCUGACGAGAGGGGGCUACAGGAAACAUCCCUAUGAUGAGGAGACAAUCGGUCAAAGCAGAGGCGAAUAUAACAGAAUACCAUUUUCUACUUGUGCUUCUUUCCAGAGCAGAAGGCACAGAAACCCUGCAGCUCCCAGAGGACUGACGAUUGUACUGAGCCAUCAGACACAUUCGGGUCCUUCAUCAGUCAGGAAAGUAGCUUGAGACACAUUUGGACUUUGGACUGGAGAGAAAAGAUGAUGAAAUAUGAAACAUUAUGCAAAAGACUGACAACUGACUCACAGGUGAGGGGUGGUGGUAUCUGAGUGUUAGUUACUUAACAACAGUGUUACUUUUCACUUUUACCUAUCGCAACAUACUUGGUGCAGGAAAAUUGCAAGAUUUUUCAACAUUGACAUACGUUUCUCUUGAUAAUUCUCUUGACAAUACCCAGGGCCCAGAGUUCGGUGCUACACCCCUGCACGUAUGACGUUGGUAACUUAUCUCCCUGCAGGAAAGUUAAUACGCAUAUUUCUGAGAUGGUGCCUGUGAACUCUGACACAGUGAUCUGAAGAGAAAUGUGGGAAAACAUGUAUAAUUGAAAACGGAGAUGGCACCAGAACCAUCACAUUCCGCAGUCAUGUCAUGUUACCAUCUGCUUAUGGGUUCAGUCUGGCUAAGGGAAAGCGACAGAGACAUCCUCGGAUAUGCGACACACCAUGCUCGCUAAUUCAGUCAACGGCCGUAUGAACAAAUAAAGGAUGGCAGCGGUCUCUCUCGCGCCAACUCCCGUGCUCAGUGCCUUAUUUUCCUCGAAUAAUUGCACCUAUUUGUUCUUAACAAGACAAUAAAAACCUCAUUCCGGAAGGUUGAGGUGGGAGUGCGAGGUGACAGUCUGCGUCCGUCUAUCUCCGUCUCAAGGACGACCUGAUUGUCUCUGGCUAAAAGCUGCAAUCUCCAUACGGAGCGUCACCCUGGAUGUCAGACGAGCGUUGACGGAUUAUAACCGGGGGAUUCAUAAAGAGACAGUCAGUGGAUCUGGGGGAAUUACUGUACUGCACCCGAACAAAAUGUCAGACUCGGGGGCUGACAGAGCUCGCCGCAUAUACAAACUACUGCACACCAAGGACACAAUGUCAUUCAUCGCACAUCCUCACAAUCAAUUUCGGCACACGUGGCCAUGCUUCACACAAAACCAGCUAGGGAUUAUUUUAUAGACAGAAAGGAAAAGUUUGACAUCUGCACAUUAGACAUCCAGUCUUAGUAAUCCAGUCUCAAUAUGGUCUAAGCAUUAUUUGCCUUUUUGUUGUCCUUAGUGAAUUUCAAUAUGAAGUGCAUGCUUCUCCUCUGUGUUGCAGGUUGGUAAGCCUCACGAAGACAACAAGAAGUUGCGUUCCUUUUGGACAAUAAAACUUUGCACUUGU